AUGGACUACAAGAUCCUGUCCAAGGUGUUGGCGUCCCGGCUGAGAGGGGUCAUGGCCUCGGUCAUCCACGUGGACCAGACAUACUGUGUGCCCAGCAGGCUCAUAGGGGAUAACAUCGCCCUGAUCAGAGACGUUUUGGAGGUCUCCGGCUCAUUGGGAAUCAACCUGGGACUGAUUUCCAUAGACCAGGAAAAGGCGUUUGACCGGGUUGAACACCAGUACCUCUGGCAGACCAUGACUGCCUUUGGGUUCAGCCCUGGGUUCAUCGCCCACAUCCGGACUCUGUAUUGUGACGUCAUGAGUGUACUGAAGGUGAAUGGGGGGCUCAGUGCUCCGUUCAGUGUGGGGAGGGGCAUCAGGCAGGGCUGCUCUCUGUCUGGGAUGCUCUACUCCCUCUCCAUCGAGCCCCUUCUGCAUCGGCUCAGAGCUGACCUGCAGGGGGUGCUGCUGCCUGGAGCACGACCAUUUAAGGUCUCUGCGUACGCAGAUGAUCUUAUUGUGUUCGUUAACAGCCAGAGGGAUGUGGAGGUCCUGGCUGACACAGUGCAGGUCUUUGGUCAGGUCUCCAGCUCCAGGGUGAACUGGAGCAAGAGCUCUGCCACUCUGCUCGGGGAGGGUCUGAGGGGUCUCAGCCUGCCUGGGGGACUGGUGUGGAGGACAGGGGGCCCGGCCUGGGGGGCCCUGUACAAGCCCCCUCUGACCAAGAAACAGGGGGACCUGCAGUGGAGGCUGCUGCAUGGGGCGAUAGCAGUCAAUGCCUUUGUGUGUAGGGUGAACAGGGCUGUGGGGGAGGGCUGUCCCUUCUGUGGGGAGAGGGAGACAGUGUUCCACUGCUUCUGGGAGUGUGGGAGGCUCAGGCACAUGCUGGAGCUGCUGAGGGGCCUCUUCACUUCACUGGGGGCAGAGUUUAAUGCUCAGGUGUUUGUGGGGGGGGUCAGGUACUCCAGCCGCAGCAGGAGGAGGGGGCGGCUGCUCAGUUUCCUGGUCGGUCAGGCCAAGAUGGCCGUCUAUGUGAGCAGGAGGAGGAUGGUCCAGGACCAGAGUGAGAUCAGUCCCAGGGCUCUGCUGGUCCGGAUGGUCCAGGCCAGACUCAGGCUGGAGUUCGGUCUCUACAGGAUAAAUGGGGAUCAGGAGGGGUUUGAGGAGCGCUGGGGGUUCAGGGAGUACUCCCGCGGGGUCUUUGCGAUCUUCGGGCUGUACGACAAACGCUCAGUGCACACGCUGACGUCAUUCUGCGGCGCUCUGCACAUCUCGCUCAUCACAGCCAGUUUCCCCACGGAGGGAGAGAGCCAGUUCACGCUGCAGUUACGGCCCUCCAUCAGGGGGGCGCUGCUGAGCCUCCUCGACCACUACGACUGGACCAAGUUUGUCUUCCUCUACGACACGGAUCGAGGCUCCCCACUGCAGGCUCCACACUGCAGGCUCCACACUGCAGGCCCCACACUGCGGGCCCCACACUGCGGGCCCCACACUGCGGGCCCCACACUGCAGGCUCCACACUGCGGGCCCCACACUGCAGGCCCCAAACUGCAGGCUCCAAACUGCAGCCUCCACACUGCAGGCUCCACACUACAGGCCCCACACUGCGGCCUCCUCACUGCAGGCUCCACACUGCAGGCUCCACACUGCAGGCCCUACACUGCGGGCCCCACACUGCGGGCCCCACACUGCAGGCUCCACACUGCAGGCUCCACACUGCAGGCUCCACACUGGGGGGUUGGAGACGGCUCACACAGCACCUCCUCAGUCCUCUGUCGCCUUCACAAAGCUCUCUCCUUUGCCAGGCUGCGCUCUUUAGUCACGCCAGACUCCACUCAGACACAUCCAUUCCACUUUGGCUGCGGCUCAGGGCAGUAA